CUUCGAAAUUUGAAGUGAUUUGCUCGCAAAGCCUAAACAAUGGCUUUGUCUGAAGAUGUAAAACAGCGACUUUCCAUUGUUAUUGAGCUCGGAAAAACUGUAUUUCACUAUGGUUUCAUACCUACGGUGUUAUAUCUAGGUUUUACUAAAGGCGCAGACCCCGGCAUGCCCGAGAUUACAUUGGCAAACUUACUAUGGUAAUUUUAAUAUUUGGUGUGCAAAAAUGUUUUGAUAUAGUAAUAGGUCAAUAAAAAAUUAAUUUGCUUUAUUCAUUUAUUAUUUGGAAAAGUAGAUGCAAUAAUACUGCAAAUCUACACAUUCAAAUAACAAAAUAAACACUGGAAAAAAAUCAUGAGAUCAGCCAUUGUAAACUAAAAUUGUUGAAUAAUUAUAAUUCCAUGUUUAUUUAUUAUAUUGGAAUCUUUUUAAAAAUCUUUUAUCCAUUAUCUGCUAAAAAACAAUUUGAUUUUCUUUCAACUUUCCUGCAAAUUCGAUUAACAUGUUAUCAAAAAACUUAAUGAGAUAAAACAACAAACUGUGGUGUU